UGCCUGCAGCUAUGACCUCCUUCUCGGAACCGCUACACGUGAAAUCGCCUGUCCGGGACAGCAUGCCCUUGUCCAAAAUGGCCGGCACCAGCGUCUACCUCAAGAUGGACAGUUCACAGCCCUCGGGUUCCUUCAAGAUCCGGGGCAUCGGGAACCUCUGCAAAAAGUGGGCUGAGCAAGGCUGUGAACACUUCGUCUGUUCUUCCGCUGGCAAUGCAGGCAUGGCGGCUGCCUAUGCUGCCAGGAAGUUGGGCAUCCCAUCUACCAUCGUGGUGCCCAGCACCACCCCGGCCCUCACCAUCGAGCGGCUCAAGAAUGAGGGCGCCACGGUCAAGGUGGUGGGGGAGACCCUGGACGAGGCCUUCGAGCUGGCCAAGGCUUUGGCAAAGAACAACCCGGGCUGGGUGUAUGUCCCUCCGUUUGACGACCCCCUCAUCUGGGAAGGCCACACCACCAUCGUCAAGGAGCUCAAAGAGACGCUGAGUGCCAAGCCGGGUGCCAUCGUGCUGUCGGUGGGCGGCGGAGGGAUGCUGUGUGGGGUGGUCCAGGGGCUGCAGGAGGUGGGCUGGGGGGACGUGCCUGUCAUCGCCAUGGAGACCGUCGGGGCCCACAGCUACCAUGCAGCCACCUCGGCCGGCAAGCUAGUCACCCUGCCACAGAUCACCAGUGUUGCCAAGGCCCUGGGCGUGAAGACAGUGGGGGCUCAGGCCCUGAAACUAUUCCGGGAACACCCCAUUUUCUCUGAGACCAUCUCAGACCAGGAGGCUGUGGCCGCCAUCGAGAAGUUCGUGGACGAUGAGAAGAUUCUAGUGGAGCCUGCGUGUGGCGCAGCAUUGGCGGCCGUGUACAGCCGUGUGGUGCAGAAGCUGCAGGGCCAGGGUAAGCUGCGGACACCGCUGUCCUCGCUGGUGAUCAUUGUCUGCGGCGGCAGCAACAUCAGCCUGGCCCAGCUGCAGACCCUCAAGGAGCAGCUCGGCAUGAGCAACCGGCCGGCCAAGUGAGCCCCCACCCUGCCCUGGCACUGGGCCUUUCACCUCCUCGUCCCCACUCGCCCAUCAAGGGCCACCAUGCUCUCCACGCCAGAGCCGGAAGAUCAGCAGCUGGCUGCACUCAGAACUCUGUGACCAACCCAAGACUGUCCUGUAGCCCUGCUCAGGCGGCCUCCGCAUCCAGGUGCUCAGAUCAGAGUGGGGCUCAGAGAGGGACCCGGAUGAGAUGAUAGCGGCUGCCUCCCUCCCCUCAGUGAAGUGGACAGGGCCGGACUCCUUUGUCCGUUCCCCCAGAAAGCCCACCUCCCACCUCCACUCAUUUUUCUAAUGUGCAAACUUUUUCACUGACCAAAAAAA